AUGAAGAGCUCAGACUGCAGCAGCCCCCAGAUACAGUGCAGCAGCCAGACAGCCGAAAACACCCCAAAGACUGAUGAAGAAAGAGAGGUCACCUCAGCGGCUCCCCGCACAGAUUCUGAUAGAGAAAAGCAGCAGGAAACACAAAAAGAGAAAACUGCUCACAAACAAGACACAGAAACACCUGAAACUCCGCCUAAGACUGACACUGCCACAGCCGCCAAGGCUGGUGGGGGUGCUGGUGGGGAUGCGGAGGAUGCAGCGGCUGGGGAGAGCAAGAGCAAGGCGACGGAGGGCUCGCCGGAGAAGACGAGCGAGGAUGAGGGCAAGGCGAAGGCUCCUGCGGCCAAGCUGCCACUGCCUUCGAAGGCAGCGCCUGGCGCCAAGGGGCCUCCGCCUCCUCCCCCCAAAGCCUUGGGGGCCAAGGCGGUUCCUUCUGUGGCUACUGGGGGUGCUGCUGGGGGUGCUGAGGAUGCAGCGGCGGCGGAGAGCAAGAGCAAGGCGACGGAGGGCUCGCCGGAGAAGACGAGCGAGGAUGAGGGCAAGGCGAAGGCUCCUGCGGCCAAGCUGCCACUGCCUUCGAAGGCAGCGCCUGGCGCCAAGGGGCCUCCGCCUCCUCCCCCCAAAGCCUUGGGGGCCAAGGCGGUUCCUUCUGUGGCUGCUGGGGGUGCUGAGGAUGCAGCGGCUGGGGAGAGCAAGAGCAAGGCGACGGAGGGCUCGCCGGAGAAGACGAGCGAGGAUGAGGGCAAGGCGAAGGCUCCUGCGGCCAAGCUGCCACUGCCUUCGAAGGCAGCGCCUGGCGCCAAGGGGCCUCCGCCUCCUCCCCCCAAAGCCUUGGGGGCCAAGGCGGUUCCUUCUGUCGCUGCUGGCGGCAGCGCCUGGCGCCAAGGGGCCUCCGCCUCCUCCCCCCAAAGCCUUGGGGGCCAAGGCGGUUCCUUCUGUCGCUGCUGGCGGUGCCGGUGGGGGUGGUGA